AUGGCCAAACUGGAAACCAAACCCUCAAUGGUCAUGGCGUCCAGCGAAUCCUCGGCUGGGUCGAACGUGCCUCCACCAUGCACGCUUUCUGGCCCCUCUACAGCCACGGAACACGAGUCCCCGGAGAAGCAGUCAGGACGGGCUGUGCUAGAUGCGGAUGAUACCGAUCCCUCGCUGCCGCAGAACUGGUCAAGCAAACGCAAGUGGAUGAUUGUGAUCGUCUUGUCCUUGAUGUCCCUGAUGGUCAACAUGUCGCUCGUCAUCUGCGCUCCUGCAAGUUCUGCCAUUGCUGAGGACUUUGGCAACCAUGACAGCUUUCUCUCCGUCAUCUACAUCACCGUAACAAACCUCGGCCAGGUCAUCUCCCCGCUCUAUGUCGGCCCAUUGUCCGAACGGCUUGGACGCAUGCCAGUGUGUCACUUCUUUAACCUCCUGUUCCUCAUCUUCACCAUGGUUGCUGGCUUCAGUAACAGUUUCCCCAUGGUCAUUGUGUUCCGGUUCCUGGCUGGCUCAUCCAUCGCCUCCAUUUGCCUGAAUCCGGCCAUCACGGGCGAUCUCUUCGCGAUCAAGAAGCGUGGGUCUGCCAUGUCCAUCACGAGCAUGAUUCCAAUUCUGGGCAGUGCUGUGGGGCCCAUAGCGGGGGGUUACAUCACGCAGUACCUCAGCUGGCGCUGGACAUUCUGGCUGAUGGCCAUCACCACCGGUGGGGUCUCAAUCCUCAUGGCACUUGUUCUGAAGGAGUCGUAUGUACCAGUAAUCCGCAGGAAAGCGCUGAAGAAGGCCAGCCCCAACCGGGAAAGGGUAAGCUCAACCUCGAAAUACUUCACGGGAUGGAACAGGGCCACCGUCAAGGCGCUGGUUCUCCUUGUGAUCCGUCCCUUUGUCAUUUUAAGCAGCUCCCGCAUUGCAGUGCUCAUGGGCCUGUAUCUGGCCGUCCUAUUCGCCUAUAUUUCGCUUGUGGCCGCUACCCUUGCCACCAUCUUCCAGGAAGUCUACGGCUUCUCCGAGAGUCAAUCUGGCCUCGUCUACAUAGCGCUGACAAUUGGCACGCUGAGUGGGGCUUUAAUGUGCAACUUCACCCUCGACUACUUCCUACAGCGAGGGCUGCCACUCACCAAGCCCGUCGUCAAUGAUGGCACUGCCGCCCUGCCCCGUCCGGAGAACCGUCUCAUCCCCAUCAUCCCCGCCAUGCUCGCCUUCCCCGUCGGCCUGCUCCUUUACGGCUGGUCCCUCCAACAGCGCUUCCACUGGAUCGUGCCAACCAUUGCGACGGUCCUCUGCGGCUUUUCGCUGUCCAGUAGCACCACCCCAAUCAUGAACUACUUGGUCGACGUCUUUGGCGACCGGGCCGCCUCUGCUGUCGCUGCUGUGCUGCCUCUGCGCUACAUCGCGGGGGCCUUUUUGCCUGUUGCCGCGCCUUACAUGUACGCCACGCUCGGUUACGGUUGGGGCAAUUCUUUACUGGCGUUUGUGCUAUGCGUCGUGGCGCCUAUACCCCUGCUAGUGAUAGUCCAGCCGCAGCGGAUGAGGGCGCUGACAGAGGUGCGGUCGUAG